UCUUUUCUUCUCUCUUUUCUUCUUCUACUCCUUCUCUUCUCCUCCGUUCUUCGGCAGCCGAAUCUUCAAAUUUGGAUACGUAAUCUUCAAAGCAAUUCAUAGUUUCAUACCCUUCACCUUCUUGACGUGUUUUUGAUCAUAUUUACAGAAGCUCUUUGCCAUUAAAUGGUCGAUAUUUACAGAAGCCCCUUUAAUCUAGUAAUCGAUUUGUUAGAUGAAACAAGGAUUUGUUGGCUAUUGAUCAUAUAGAAUUGAAUUCAUGGAAUUGCUUAGGCAUCCUAUGAGGUGCAACAGAUUUAUGAUGUUAAUGACAGUGGUCGGUGUAUUAUCAAUAAGCCUACAACAAUCACAGUAUGUAGUUGGGAUUCGAUUUGUGGUUGAAAAGGAAGAAUGUUUAUCUCAUUCUAUGCCAUAUGAAGGCGACACGGUUCAAGUUUCUUAUGUUGUGAUCAAAGCUGAUGUCCCAUGGAAUUCCGGUUUAGAAGACGGUGUCGAUCUUAUUUCAGGUGGGACAGACCUUCGACGUUCUGUCAGGAAGAGAAAGCGUUUACAGUCAGUUAAGGAGUCAUUCACUAGGAAGCGUUUGCAGUCAGUUAUGAAGCGUGAACCUUUUUAAUAAAUUCUUGGCUUGUUUUGACCCCUUAAUUAGUGAUGGUGUAUGACAUUGUUUUCCAUUUUUUAGUUUCUUUCAUAUGGUGGUGUUGUACUGAUGUUCUUCUUUCCAUUCUCCUUCCGCAAUUGUUGUUGUUGCUAUUGAAGUAGAGAUUGUAGCAGUGUGUAAUGUCUUGA